GUUACGCAGUUUGCGCAGAGCUCAGAGUAAUGGCGUCUGUGCGACACCAGCUCACAAGACUGACAAAAUGAAGCGACGGAGGGAAUGUUUAUGAUAGCAGAGGGCCUUUAGAAGGGUUUGUGGGUGCGGGACUGCAGUGAAAGGUGCAGAGCUGACAGGAGUUAAGGACUUUAAUCUGUUCAGCGCGAUGAUAAAGCUGAAGUCCAACCAGACGCGCACGUAUGACAGAGAUGGCUAUAAAAAGCGCGCGGCCUGCCUGUGCUUCAGGAGCGAGCGCGAAGAGGAGGUGCUGUUAGUGAGCAGCAGCAGUCAUCCUGAUCGAUGGAUUGUUCCUGGAGGAGGGAUGGAGCCGGAGGAGGAGCCUAGUGUUGCUGCUGCCAGGGAGGUGUGUGAAGAGGCAGGAGUAAAAGGCACAUUAGGAAGAUUGGUAGGCGUUUUUGAGAACAGAGACAGAAAGCACAGAACGUAUGUCUAUGUUCUCAUCGUAACUGAGGUUCUGGAGGCCUGGGAGGAUUCUGUAAAUAUUGGUAGGAAAAGGGAGUGGUUUAAGACAGAAGAUGCCCGACGUGUGCUGCAGUGUCAUAAACCUGUGCAAGCGUCUUACUUCGAAGCCCUUCAACAGGACUGUAUGACCAGCAACGGCACGGCUCUGGUGGCCACAUAUAACAUUAAUCAAAACUCUCUCUCCAGCAUCAGAUAACCACCACAACUAACACAGAAGCCUCCACAAUUUUCGACCUUUUCUUACCUGACUGAACCCCUUCUGCAUCCACUAUCACUUUUUUUUUUCAGCACAUUAAUGGCAACAUUGAAUGAAAUCUGAUGUUUUACCAGCCUUUUUAGUGUUUAGAUAAAGAAUGCAGUGUGGGGAUGUCUGAGAUAAGAGAAAAGUCAUAGACUAGUUAGCAAAUGAAGUUUGUCUUGCGUUUUAAUGAAUACUUGCAUGAGAUUCUCAUUUCCUAAUGUCAGGUUUAUUGAAUGCAACUACAGUUUACUAUCGUGUCUUGAAAUAAGUGGUGUUUAAAGAGAAAGCUGUCAGAAGUGUUUGUAAUGUUUUGGUAACGAAUGGCCCUUUCAUUCUGCAGUGUAUGCCUUUAGCCUCUUUGGAUAUGCUGUUAUAUAGAGUUGGUUGAUUUUUUUUUUUUUUUUUUUUUGCAUGAGCAUGUCACGUAUUCAUGAUCUUAAAAUACAGGGAUUCGUAGGUUUUCUUGAUGUGAACUAAACCGAAUGUAGAUGUUUUCUUGGUAACAAUGAUAGAUGGGGCCAUUCGAUUAAUAUUGACCUGUGUUUAGUGUAUGCUGUACGUGGUAAAAUUGCAUUUUCAUAGUCUUAGUUCUUUAAACUGCUAAACAAAAUAGGUAUCAUGUCUUAAACUUAUCAAAUCUUGAAAUCAGUCUUAUUGCCAAUAUUUCACACUCAUGUUGGGGAUUCUCACACACGCAGCUACAGUCAGAUUAGUUUUCAAGAAAAUGUUUGCAAAAUGUUCUAAUGUUGAUGGGGUUUAGUGGUUAGUAGUCCACCACUUUUACCAUUGAAGGAGAUUUUGAUAGAAAUUGAAGGAAUGUCUUUAAAGUGUAGUGUGGUGGUUUUUCUGGGUCUGCGAUCUUAGAUGUCCUGGUGAAAAAGCUUUUCACGUCAGAAUUUUUAAUUAAUUUAAUUAAGUGGCUUAAUACGAUGCUGGUCAGUCCAGUUUACUGAGUGCACUUGUUUUAUUGUUGUAUAGGAUUGUUUUUGAGAGAGUAGAGAACUGUGGAAGGACAUUUUAAAUUGAGUUAAGGUGAAAUUAGCCUGUUUAGGACAUCAGUAUCAUAAAUCUCGUGGUCAGUGGCCAUACAGGACCUUCUCAGCGGCUGCUGAUGUCAGAUUCUUCCUCACUCUUCUGAGGGUUUUGCACCUGUAAUCAAAGCACAAUAGCAACAAUUUACAAAUGUCUCAAUUAUUUCAGUUUUAUCAUUUCAAAUUAUUGUUCAUUCACUCAUAAACUAUAACCAUAGAGAGUGUGUGUGUGUGUGUGUGUGUGUGUGUGCGCGUGUAUGUCUGUGUCUGUGUACAGUAUAUUGGUUUGUAUGUUUGAAAUAAUGUGAAUAAUCGAAAGACUUGAUGCCAAGGUUAGCUGUUUGCCUAAUAAAUUGCCUCUUUCAUAAGGGGAUGGAUUUCGUUUGAAAUGUUUACAACUUGAUUGUAGUUUCUCUUCAGACACUGGAUAUACACUGACCUCUUUUCAUUUGUCAUAAGUGACUGUUUAUAAUAGUGCCAUUUCAUUUUUGAAAGGUACUUUUCUAGGUCUUAAACAGUUUAAUCUGUCCUAAGUAUAAAUUGUUUUUUUUUUUUUUUUUUUUUUUUUUGUUUCUGAUUUAUACAAUUUCCACAAACACAUACUUCAAAUGAGAAUUGUUUAGGUCUCAAGUAAACUUGUCUUAUCAGUAUUUCAAUGUAUUUGUUUUAUUAUUAAUCGGAAAGCUCAAAAGAUAUUGUAUUGUAAUAAGAUUAGUUAGCUAAACCCGCUUAAAACCUUUAACUUAAACUUAACUUAAAACCUGUGGCACAACAACAUAUUUAAAGGUGUAGUAAGAGAUUUCUGAGAAACACUGUUGAUAGUUGAAAUCAAGCCAAACAAACACACCCCUCCAGCCCCAGAAUGCACUCAAUGCAAGAGUGGAUGUCUCUUUAUCAUAGUUGAAAUGAAACAAAAUAAUACUUUGGAAAAAAUAAAGUGAAGAUAACGAAUGAACGUCAAGGAAGAACAAAAAAUGAACAUAUAGUACACAAGAGUUUAUACAAGCAGCAGUUUGUUGUUAGUCACCAGCAGCUCCAGACAAGCAAUGACACUUCAAAACUGUCCUGUUACUAUAGCUAACAUUACAACAACAACAUAUCUUGGUUCUGUGAAACAUAGCAAAACCAAUCUUACUUGCGUAUAAAGCAAAAAAAUGUGGUGUCCUUUUUUUAAGGCCUUCCCGCUGUCUUAUGUCUCUCCAGCGCUGGAAAGCUUUUAACGUGGGUUCUAAAACUCUUGCCUUAUCAGAACCCUUCUUUUUCCAGUGAUAUUCCUCUGAGAUUUUCUUUUUUGUAUUGUCUCUUUCUACAGUCUUUCUUCAAAUCUCCCUCUUACUCACUCCCUCUCCUCCCCCAUCAUGACUAGACAUGCCCCCUACUGCUGAUUGGCUACAAGUGUGUUGGGCUGCUCGGUCCAAUCCACUUUCAACAGCGUUUCUCAGAAAUCUCUUACUGCACCUUUAACAGCUGUGACAGAGACUGGCGAUGGUCAUCUAAUGGUGAUUUAUAUGAUCUUUCUCUACCCAUUUAUUGCAAUCAUUAGUGGAAUGUGAAUAAGAAAUAAUCAGAACUGUACUGAAAUUAUGCCAGAUUUGUCCUUGAAUUGUAAAUGCUGCAUUGUUUGUUGUUGUUGUUGUAAAGUAUCAUUUCUUUUAUUUCUGGAUUAAAUCAUAAACAUUUCAAGAAUCUCAA